AUGUCUCAACCAGCUUCGAUUCUCCAACCAACUUUAGACGCCUACCAGAAGGCCUUAAACUCUGGAGUUCACGAAGAGGCUUUAUCGUUCUAUCAUCCUGAAGCUGUUGUUGUUCACAGAGGCAAGCAAGCCACCUAUGGAAGAGAUAACUUACUCGCUUUGUUCGCAACCUUCGGAGAAAUGAUGGGGAAGAACCAUUCAACAAUCAGCGACGCAGUUUUUGAAGGAUCCGAGAACUACAUUACAAUCACAGCUAAGUAUACGACUGAAACUGAAAAGUUGGGGACAGUUAAGGGCAACUACUCCCAAGUCUGGAAGAAGGAAGAUGGCAAAUGGCUCGUCAUCUAUGAUAUUUAUGACGACAACUUGUAA